UUAUGAGGGGUUCCCACCAUCCCUGUGCUGAGUAUCUGAGUUCGUACACCUGCUGUGCCCAUUAUGAGGGGUCCCCACCAUCCCUAUGCUGAGUUCCCAAGUCUGUACACCUGAUGUGCCCAAUAUACAGGGUUCUCACCAUCACUGUACUGAAUUCCCAAGUCUGUACACCUGCAUUGCCUAUUAUGAGGGGUUUCCACCAUUCUGCACUGAGUUCCCAGGUCUGUACACCUGCUGUGCCCAUUAUGAGGGGUUCCCACCAUCCCUGUGCCGAGUUCCUGGGUCUGUACACCCGCUGUGCCCA